AUGUACACCGGGGACAGCAUGGCUUCAUUUGAGGUGGCAGAGGAUGAAUGUAAUAGUGGCUCCUGUCAUCCAACCAUUGGAGAUCUUCUGGUGGGUCGCAGUGAGCAACUAACAGCCUCAUCAGUUUGUGGACUGACUGGCCCUCAGAAAUACUGCAUUAUAGGCUACCUCGAGGGUGAACAGAAAUGCUUCCUUUGUGAUUCCAGAUACCCAUAUAAUCCCUAUACCCAUCCCAACAGUCACCCAAUUGAAAAUGUUCUCACAACUUUUGAGCCAGACCGGAAAAAGAAGUGGUGGCAGUCAGAAAACGGCAUUGACCAUGUUAGCAUUAGACUGGACCUAGAAACCUUAUUCCAGUUCAGCCAUCUUAUACUGACUUUUAAGACAUUUCGGCCUGCAGCCAUGUUGGUUGAGCGCUCCACAGACUAUGGUCACACCUGGAAGAUAUUUAGGUAUUUUGCACAAAACUGUGCUGAAUCUUUCCCCAACAUCCCCUCUGGUCCGGCAAAAGGAGUGGGAGAUAUUGUUUGUGAUCCAAGAUAUUCAGACGUUGAGCCCUCCACUGAAGGCGAGGUUGUCUUAAAAGCUUUGGAUCCCAGCUUUGAAAUAGAAAAUCCUUAUAUCCGAUCUAUCCAAGAUCUCAUCACCUUAACAAACCUGAGAAUAAACUUCACAAAACUCCACACUCUUGGGGAUACUUUAUUUGGAAGAAGGCAAAGUGAUCUCCUUGAAAAAUAUUAUUAUGCAGUUUAUGAAAUGGUUGUCCGUGGAAGUUGCUUUUGUAAUGGUCAUGCCAGCCAAUGCAGUCCAGUGCAGAAACUGCGGGGUGAUGUUUUCUAUCAGCCUGGAAUGGUUCAUGGCAGAUGUGUCUGUCAGCACAACACUGAUGGCAUGUCCUGUGAAAGGUGUAAAGAAUUCUACAAUGAUGCUCCCUGGAGGCCAGCUGAAGGAUCACAGGAUAAUGCUUGCAAAUCGUGUAAAUGCAAUGGCCAUUCGGACCGAUGCCAUUUUGACAUGGCCGUGUACAUAGCUAAUGAUCGCAUCAGUGGUGGCGUAUGUGAAGACUGCCAGCACCAUACCAUGGGGCAACACUGUGAUCAGUGCAAGCCCUUCUUUUACCGGGAUCCCCUCAGAACAAUUUCAGACCCUCGUGCCUGCAUCCCCUGUGAUUGUGACCCAGAAGGCACAUUAUACAGUGGGUUGUGUGAAAGCUGUACAGACCCUAUUCUUGGAACUAUUGCUGGUCGGUGCCUUUGCAAGGAAAACGUUGAGGGAGUCCGUUGUGACAUGUGCAGGCGGAACUACUAUGGGCUGAGUGGCAGUGAUCCUCUUGGCUGCCAGCCCUGCUCCUGCAACCCUUCUGGGAGCUUGUCUUUCUCCAUGUGUGAUCCAGUGACUGGAGAGUGCCUCUGCCAGCGCUUUGUCACAGGGCCACAUUGUGAAGAAUGCCUUGUAGGAUACUGGGGGCUUGGCAAUCAUUUAUAUGGCUGUUCUCCGUGUGGCUGUGACAUUGGUGGAGCCCACAAUAACUUGUGUUCAUCGAGCGAUGGGCAGUGUAAAUGUCUUCCUAACAUUGUGGGCCGUCAAUGUACAGAAGCAGCCCCAGGCUACUUCUUUUUACCAUUGGAUUAUUAUAUCUAUGAAGCAGAGCAUGCAAAGCCGCUUUCCAGAUCUGCACCUUUGGGCUGGGUUCAGUCUGGGAGGAACUCUGCUCUGGACAUUGUUUUCAGGGAGCCCACCCCUGGCAAACAUGGACAGGUCACAUGGACAGGUCCCGGCUUUGCCCGUGUCCUGAAUGGCGCCGGAUUAAGGUUUACUAUCAGCAACAUUCCCUUUGCAAUGGACUUUGAUAUCGCUCUUCGUUAUGAACCUCAGUCUUUAGAAGACUGGAUAGGAAGUAUUGCAGUCAACCCCUCUGGUGCUUUGACAAGUGAUCGCUGCAGAAACAAGGCACUUCUGCAAGAGCCACACACAUUGGCUCUGCCAGCUACAAAGAGAGUUGCACUUCUACAUACUCCUUUCUGCUUAGACCCAGGAGUAGAGUAUUUUGUAGAUGUUUAUUUAUCGCAGCCUUCUGCCUCUGAUCCAAAGACUAUAUCAUACAUCUUGAUUGAUUCACUUGGACUUAUUCCCAGAAUCAGUUCUGCGGAGAACCUGUGCAGUCAAAAAGAUCUAGAUGAGUACCAGCAGUAUCAAUGUGUCGAAAUUGCUUCAGAAGUUGGACCUCAUAUUCUACCUGAAGUAUGUGCAAGGCUCACAGUUAGCAUGUCUGCUCGUAUUCACAAUGGAGCAGUUCCAUGCAAGUGCCAUCCACAUGGGUCCCUGAGCUCCAGCUGCAGUCAACUUGGAGGCCAGUGUCAAUGUAAACCUAAUGUUGCGGGCCGCUGUUGUGACAGAUGUUCUGCAGGAAGUUUUGGUUUUGGUUUCCAUGGAUGUUACUCAUGUGAGUGCCAUCCUCAAGGCUCAGUGAGCACUAUGUGUGAUCAGCUGACAGGACAGUGUUCAUGCCGCCGAGAGGUUGAUGGUCGAUGCUGCAAUCGGUGCCUGGCUGGGUAUUUUGGGUUUCCCAACUGUCGUCCGUGUCCAUGUAAUGGCUACACAGAGCUUUGUGACCCAGUGACUGGUGCAUGUCUUAGCUGCAGUGGGUUUACAGCUGGAAGUAGGUGUGAAAGGUGUGUUGAUGGUUAUUAUGGAAAUCCUCUCACAAGAGAGCCUUGUCGCCCAUGUAUGUGUCCAGAGACCCCUGAAAGCAAUAGAUAUUUUGCACAUUCCUGUUACCAGGAUCCUCACACUUUGCAAUUAGUCUGCAAUUGUCAUGAGGGCUACUCAGGCAAUCGGUGUGAUGAGUGCUCCAGUGGGUUCUAUGGGAAUCCAGGAAGACCAGGGGCUCAGUGUUUGCCAUGUUCCUGCAAUAAUAAUAUCGAUGUGAUAGAUCCAGGAUCCUGUAACAAGGUUACAGGAGAAUGCUUAAAAUGUUUAUACAACACACAUGGACCAAACUGCCAGUUCUGCAAACCAGGUUACUUUGGGUCAGCACUUCUUCAGAACUGCAGAAGGUGUACUUGCAAUUUUUCAGGUGUGAACCCAGCAAUAUGUCCACCUGGAAAUGGAGUUUGCCUGUGCAACCGAAUGACUGGAGUAUGCCCUUGCUUACCUAAUGUAAUAGGUUCUACCUGUGACCAGUGUGCUUCUGGCUACUGGAACAUGUCUAAUGGAAUAGGAUGUCAGUUCUGUGACUGUAACCCAAGAACCUCUCAAAGUAACCAGUGCAAUCAGGUCACAGGCCAAUGUCCAUGCAAACUAGGCUACAGUGGAAGACAUUGUGAUGAAUGUGAGGAAAAUUACUUUGGCGAUCCACGGAUGCAUUGUAUUCCAUGUACAUGUAACCAGGAAGGAACUCGCAAACCCAAGUGCGACAAAGAUACUGGAGCUUGCAACUGCCGCAUUGGUGUCACUGGAAAGCUCUGUGAUCAGUGUGGUCGAGGCUUCAAACAAGAAUUUCCCAUAUGCUCUCGGUGUCACCUUUGUUUUGAUCAGUGGGAUAAUGAAAUUACUACCCUAUCUCAAACUGUUCAGGGGUUCAUGAGAUUUGCUGCAAAUCUAGAAGAUAAAAGAGACACAAUGCCCAGCUGUGAUAUCCGCUUCAAAGGCUUAGAAGAUAAGAUUUCUGAAAUAGAAAGAAUUUUAAAAACUCCUGUUCUUUCAUUGGAGACAUUCUUAAACAUCAAGGAUUUUCAUGACUACAUUCGACAAAAAGUUGCACAAAUGGACCUAUAUCGCAAUAAAAUGGAUGAAUUUCCCAACCUGAAUGGGAUCAUAUAUGACAUUAGGAAAGAAGCUGACCAGCUAUAUGAAAGCCUGAAACAGAAAAUACAUCUAUAUCACAGUUUGAAUAAUUUGAGGCACAAAGAUUCCUUCAGCAACAUCAGGAAGUAUUACCAAAUGUCAUCAUUUGCUGUAGAGAAAAUCAGUGGAGCAAUCCCCAUCAUAAGAUAUUCAGAAAACACCAGGGAUGGCAUACUUGCCAUGUUAGGCAAUCGAACCUCAAAAGAAAACUAUACCUUGGAGCAGCUCAGAAUGUUUAAGACUCCAGAUAUCCAAAAACUGAAUGAAAAGAGUUGUGGGCUACCAGGAAACCUGCCGUGUGUUAUAACAGCUUGUGGGGGAGCUUUAUGUCGAAAUAGCAAUGGAAACGAACAAUGUGGUGGCCCAAACUGUAAUGGAACUCUUCCUCUUUCUACAAACACAGUCAAGAAAGCUGAAGAAACAGACAUGCUGUUAAAUAAUUUGACCAGACACCUACAAGAGUCUGAAAAUCAGAUUGAAAGCAUCAGAAAAAUGGCAGAAGAGACCAAGACAAAAGGCUCACGGUUACAUGGGAAACUAGAGAAAGCUAACAAUCAAACUGAAAUUGACAGAGAGAACGCAAAGGAGUUCAUCAGAAAAGUUAAAGACUUUUUGUUAGAUGAAAGUGCACCUCCAGAAGACAUAGAGAAGGUGGCAAAGCAUGUUCUAGUCAUAAACCUUCCAAGGACUCCACAAGAGCUAACAAAUAUGCUUGAUAAAAUCCAGAACCUUGUAACACACUGUGAGGACUAUGAAAUAAAUGUGAACAAGUUAAAUAAACAAAGGAAAGAUGCCCAGAAACUUCUGGUGGAAGCCAAACAAGCUGAGGAAGCAGCAAAAGCUCUGCCACCUCUUGAUGAAAUGAUAAAUAACCUGAAGGAAGCUGAAAGCACGAAAGGACAAACCAAAGACACCUUCAUAAGAUUAAAUGGAGAGAUACAAGAAAUUAAGACAAAAAUCUCACAGGCUGAGAAUCAAGUGAAUAAGACAAGUGAUGAACUAAAGGACUUUUCAGGUAAACAGUCUGAGCUGGAAGAUGAAAUUGCCAUGCUGCAGAAGAAAAUGCUGAUGAAUGGAAACGAGGCUGCAAAUGCAAAAGCAGAUGCAGAACAGGCACAAAAUCAAGCUAUGGACACAGAUAAAGAAUUUACCAACCUUGAGAGAAAAUACACCAUUCUGCAAGAAAAAGUAAAAGUGAAAGGGCUUCCCAGAGAAACGUUAGAGAAACUGAAGCAGCUGAAAGAAGCAGCAGAGAAACUGGCUGAAGAGACUGAAGAAAACAUCAAAAGAAUAACAGAUUUGGCAAAGAAGCUCCAAGAUCUGAAUCAGACUAAACAAGAUAAGGCUGAUCAACUAAAGCAACUAGAGGAUCAAGUAAUAGCCAUAAAAAAGGACAUUACUGAGCAAGAAAACAAAUACGCUACUUGCAAAAGUUAG